CGGAGGCUAGGCGCGCGAAGCUGGAGACUGGAGGGUAAUGUAAAAGCCGAAAGGAACUACACUCCCAGACUUCCUUGCGCAUGUGACCAGCAAGCAGCGAGAGAAAGAGGAGCGAGGUUGGACUCGGACUACAACUCCCACUAGGCCCCGCGUUGUCCGCCCUUGCCUUUCAAAAGGGGGAGGAAAAGGGACAGGACGAAUGGAGGCUUUUGGGUGCUCGUUUCUCAAAAGGCGGGAAAGGCGAACUACACCUCCCGGCGAGCCGCGCGCUCCUGCGCCUGCGCCCUGGUAUCUGUCGCCAUCUUGCCCCUUCUGAGGCACCGCAAACAAACCUAAUUCCUGGUGUCCCCUAGUCUUGGCGGAGGAGCCUUUUAGAUGAGCCCCGAAAGGCCGGGCAGGGAGGACAAGCUCUUUGGGGCUACCAGACAGAAGCAGCAAUGCCUGUUGUGUGGCCAACCCUUUUGGAUCUCAGCAGGGAUGAAUGCAAACGGAUUCUUCGAAAAUUGGAACUGGAGGCAUAUGCUGGAGUUAUCAGUGCACUUCGGGCACAAGGGGAUCUCACCAAGGAAAAGAAAGAUCUUCUUGGAGAACUCUCAAAAGUCCUUAGCAUCUCAACAGAGCGCCAUCGUGCUGAAGUUCGGAGAGCAGUAAACGAUGAACGGUUAACAACAAUUGCACAUAAAAUGAAUUUAUCCUUAUAUUUGGGUGAAAGACCAAGUUACAGUAUGUCUGGACCUAAUAGUUCUUCAGAGUGGUCCAUUGAAGGACGUAGAUUGGUACCACUGAUGCCCAGGCUGGUUCCCCAGACUGCCUUCACUGUAACAGCGAAUGCUGUGGCCAAUGCAGCUGUCCAGCACAACGCGUCCCUUCCCGUGCCUGCAGAGACAGCAAGCAAAGACGUAGUGGUUUGCUAUUCCUACACAAGUACCACGUCUACCCCAACCUCUACCCCUGUUCCAAGUGGCAGCAUAGCAACGGUUAAGUCUCCAAGACCUGCCAGUCCUGCCUCCAGUGUAGUUGUCUUGCCAAGUGGAAGUACUGUAUAUGUCAAAAGUGUUAGCUGCUCAGAUGAAGAUGAAAAACCCAGAAAGCGCAGGCGAACAAAUUCUUCUAGCUCCUCCCCUGUCGUCCUGAAGGAAGUUCCAAAGGCUGUUGUUCCGGUCUCAAAGACGAUCACUGUGCCUGUGAGUGGAAGUCCCAAGAUGAGCAACAUUAUGCAGAGUAUUGCCAACUCCUUACCACCCCACAUGUCACCUGUGAAAAUAACAUUUACCAAACCAUCCACACAGACAACAAACACAACAACACAGAAGGUUAUUAUAGUGACCACAUCACCAAGUUCAACCUUCGUGCCCAACAUUCUCUCCAAAUCCCAUAACUAUGCAGCAGUCACUAAGCUUGUACCAACAUCAGUCAUUGCCUCCACGACUCAGAAGCCACCUGUUGUUAUAACUGCGUCCCAGGCCUCUCUGGUCACCAGUAGCAGCAAUGGCAACAGCAGUUCUACGUCAUCACCUAUUUCUAGUACAGUUGCAGUAACAGCAGUGGUAUCUUCCACACCGUCUGUGGUCAUGUCAACAGUAGCACAAGGUGUAUCCACAUCAGCAAUCAAAGUGGCGUCGACAAGACUUCCUUCCCCCAAAAGCUUAGUGAGUGGCCCUACCCAGAUUCUUGCACAGUUUCCUAAACAGCAUCAGCAGUCUCCUAAGCAGCAGUUACAGCAAGUGCAGCAGCAGACACAGCAGCCAGUGGCCCAGCCUUCAGUGUCUCAGCAGCAGCAGCCUCAGCAGCCACCACUGCCACCUGGUAUCAAACCUACCAUCCAGAUCAAGCAGGAGUCAGGUGUUAAAAUCAUCACACAGCAGGUUCAACCAAGUAAAAUCUUACCCAAACCAGUGACUGCAACUCUACCCACCAGUAGCAAUUCCCCAAUUAUGGUGGUUAGCAGUAAUGGUGCAAUUAUGACAACUAAACUGGUAACCACUCCUACCGGUACUCAGGCAACCUAUACCCGGCCAACAGUGAGCCCAUCCUUAGGUCGUGUGGCUACAACCCCUGGAGCUGCAACCUAUGUGAAGACUACCAGUGGUAGCAUCAUCACGGUAGUACCCAAAUCAUUAGCUACCUUGGGAGGCAAGAUAAUUAGCAGUAAUAUUGUUUCUGGAACGACUACCAAAAUCACUACCAUCCCAAUGACUUCCAAGCCCAAUGUGAUUGUUGUACAAAAGACUACAGGAAAAGGAACGACCAUUCAAGGCCUCCCUGGCAAAAACGUUGUCACAACCUUGCUAAAUGCUGGAGGAGAAAAGACUCUUCAGACAGUGCCAACUGGAGCCAAGCCAGCUAUAAUUACUGCUACAAGACCCAUCACCAAAAUGAUUGUAACACAGCCCAAAGGAAUAGGUUCCACAGUCCAGCCAGCAGCUAAAAUCAUUCCAACAAAAAUUGUGUAUGGACAACAAGGGAAAACACAGGUUCUUAUUAAACCCAAACCAGUGACAUUUCAAGCUACAGUUGUUAGUGAACAAACAAGGCAGCUGGUAACAGAAACAUUACAGCAAGCAUCCAGAGUAGCAGAUGCCAGCAAUUCAUCUGCUCAGGAAGGAAAAGAAGAACCACAGGGUUACACAGACAGUAGUUCUUCUUCCACAGAAUCCUCCCAGAGUUCUCAAGAUUCCCAGCCUGUAGUUCAUGUAAUUGCUUCCCGGCGUCAGGAUUGGUCAGAACAUGAGAUUGCAAUGGAGACUAGCCCCACCAUAAUAUAUCAGGAUGUAUCCAGUGAAUCACAAUCAGCUACUUCAACAAUCAAAGCUCUGUUAGAACUCCAACAGACAACAGUAAAGGAAAAAUUGGAAUCUAAACCAAGACAACCCACUAUUGACUUGAGUCAAAUGGCAGUACCUAUUCAGAUGACCCAGGAAAAGAGACAUUCUCCUGAGAGUCCAUCCAUUGCUGUGGUAGAGUCAGAACUAGUUGCUGAAUACAUCACCACGGAACGCACUGAUGAGGGGACAGAGGUUGCUUUUCCCCUUCUAGUCAGCCAUCGCUCCCAGCCCCAACAGCCUGCCCAGCCGCAGCGGACCCUGCUUCACCAUGUGGCUCAGUCCCAGACUGCGACACAGACUUCGGUGGUAGUAAAGUCCAUCCCAGCGUCUUCCCCUGGAGCAAUCACCCACAUCAUGCAGCAGGCAUUAAGCAGUCACACUGCUUUUACCAAACACAGUGAGGAACUUGGAACUGAGGAGGGUGAGGUUGAGGAGAUGGACACAUUGGAUCCUCAGACAGGUCUGUUUUACCGCUCUGCUCUGACGCAAUCACAGUCAACCAAACAGCAGAAACUUAGCCAGCCCCAGCUGGAACAGACUCAGCUGCAAGUGAAAACUCUGCAGUGCUUCCAGACCAAACAGAAGCAGACCAUCCACCUGCAGGCAGACCAACUCCAGCACAAACUCACACAGAUGCCCCAGCUCUCCAUCAGGCAUCAGAAACUGACUCCUCUCCAGCAGGAACAAGCACAGCCCAAGCCAGAUGCACAGCACACCCAGCAUACUGUGGUGGCCAAAGACAGGCAGCUUCCUACCUUAAUGGCACAGCCCCCGCAAACUGUAGUACAGGUGCUUGCCGUGAAAACCACACAGCAGCUUCCGAAACUGCAGCAAGCUCCGAACCAACCAAAAAUCUACGUGCAACCCCAAACUCCUCAGAGCCAGAUGGCGCUGCCCUCUUCAUCAGAGAAACAGCCUGCAAGCCAGGUGGAGCAGCCAAUUAUAACCCAAGGAUCCUCUGUUACAAAGAUAACAUUUGAGGGGCGCCAGCCUCCCACAGUUACAAAGAUAACUGGUGGCAGUUCUGUUCCUAAGCUGACAUCACCAGUUACAAGCAUAUCUCCCAUUCAGGCCUCUGAGAAGACAGCAGUGUCAGACAUUUUGCAAAUGUCUUUGAUGGAAGCUCAGAUUGAUACAAAUGUAGAACAUAUGGUAGUGGAUCCCCCAAAGAAGGCUCUAGCCACCAAUGUGCUCACUGGUGAGGCAGGAGCUCUACCCUCCACCCAUGUGGUGGUGGCAGGGAUGACGAAAUGUAGAGAGUCCUGUUCAAGUCCAUCUGCUGUUGGCCCUCCCCUAACGACCAGAAAAAUCGAAGCAGCAGGAAUGCCUACGACAGGCCAGUUCAUGCGUAUUCAGAAUGUAGGCCAAAAGAAAGCUGAAGAGAGCCCAACAGAAAUUAUCAUCCAGGCCAUUCCCCAGUAUGCUAUUCCUUGUCACUCCAGCUCCAACGUGGUGGUGGAGCCCAGUGGGCUUCUAGAGUUGAACAACUUCACCAGUCAGCAGCUAGAUGACGACGAGACAGCCAUGGAGCAGGACAUAGACAGCGGCACGGAGGACGGGACUGAGCCCAGCCCCUCUCAGAGUGCUGUAGAACGAUCCUAGUGUGCAGACACCGGAGUGCACUUUAGAGCCUGCGUGGUUACCAAAUGUCCAGGGAAACUUAAAAUUUGUUAUAGUAAAAAAGAAAAAGAAAAAAAAAAGCACUUUGCUCAUAUUUAGGCUGGGGACCUAGAAGCAUUUUAACAAAAUUAAACUCACAGAGGAAUGUACUUUAAAAAAAAAAAAAAAAAAAAAAAAAAAAAAAAAAAAAAAAAAAAAAAAAAAAAAAAAAAAAAAAAAAAAAAAAAAAAAAGCAGAGGAAACGAUACACCCCAUGGAGCCUGGCAACUUGUUGGUGCUAAGCAGCGAGAAGAAGACUUUUCUGUCAGUGGUCCUCGACUGCUUUCCACUGAGCAAACGCACCAGAGAGUAUGAAAAGGGAAAAGAAUAUGAAGAGGUUGUAUUUUUGAAAUGAUAUAUUUGAACAGUUUUUCAAAAAUUGUGUUUGUUUUUGCAAAUCCCUGGAGAUGUUGAUUUGGCUAGCAUUUUACAUUUGCUCAGUUCAUGGUUGGUUUAUGACUACCUAGGGAAGUCCUGGCAUUGAAGAGUCCUUGCUGGAGGGUAGACAUCAAUCAGGUUGCUGCCCGGGCAGUGUUUGGGGUGGCUUGUACAUGUGCUCCUUGGUUGUAUACUAAUUUAUUGUGGAGUUCCACACUUGCCUAUUUAUUUAAUGUAAAUGUUUUGAAGCAGGCCGAGUCCCUUUUCCUACAUGUCCUGGGAAGCUGGAUCGCUUGGCCUCCCCACCUCCCCACCCCCUCACCCCCUUUAAGAAAACGGAUUAGAGAAGAUUUUGUCAGGAAGCAGAGGAAAGGACAUUUCUAGCCCAAAGGAAAUGCUCAGUCGUGUUCCUGAAAAUGAGCUCUGCUCAUUGGAUGUUUUCUCGACGUCGACAUUGCACACCCGUGUUGGACUGAGACUUUGAAAACAACUUUGACUUACUUUGGUUUAAAUCCUUUGAAAUGUAUGAAAAUGUUCACUUACAGUUCUAAAUGUAAUGUUUUUAAGUUUUUAAUUUUUUAGGGUGCAGUUUGUUUACGUGCAGGUGUGGUCUUGUGAUUGCUGUCUAUCACAAGUAGAGUGAAGGGUAAGGGAUGGGAGGGUAAGAAUUUUGACAAGCUGUGGCAAAGGAAACUAUACUCUUCAUUUUUAAAAACUGUAAAUAGAAAAGUUUUUAACGGUUUUAUAUGAAUUUCACUAUAAAUAAGCAUUUUAAGACUGA